UGGUCGGUGUGUUUGCUCGGAGGAAGCUGUGUACACCGGAAUCUGAAGAAUUCGAGGUGUCCGCCAAGCUAAACUCUUCUUCCCCGCCGCCGCUCUCUGCCUCCUCUUUGUCCUCUUCGUACUCAAUUUUCCAGCGGACGCUGAAGGAGCAGUGAAGAAAAACCAUGUCGCAAGGUGACAAAAUGAAGCAGGGCCAGUUCACCAACCCCGAGACACCGGGGUAUGUGGGAUUUGCCAACCUGCCCAAUCAGGUUCAUCGCAAGUCCGUUAAAAAGGGUUUUGAGUUCACGCUUAUGGUUGUAGGUGAAUCUGGACUUGGGAAAUCUACCCUGAUCAAUAGCCUCUUCCUGACCGACCUCUACCCCGAGAGAAUCAUCCCAGGAGCGGCAGAGAAAAUCGAGAGGACGGUUCAGAUCGAGGCAUCCACGGUGGAAAUCGAGGAGCGCGGCGUCAAGUUGCGUCUGACUGUGGUGGACACGCCCGGAUAUGGAGACGCCAUCAACAGCCAGGACUGUUUCAGCACCAUUAUCAGCUAUAUCGAUGACCAAUUUGAGCGCUACCUCCACGACGAGAGCGGUCUCAAUCGGCGUCACAUCGUCGACAACAGAGUUCACUGCUGCUUCUAUUUCAUUUCCCCGCUCGGCCACGGCUUGAAGCCGCUGGACGUUCAGUUCAUGAAGGCCAUCCACAAUAAGGUCAACGUGGUUCCCGUCAUUGCCAAGGCGGACACGCUCACCCUCCGAGAGAGAGAGCGGCUCAAGCGCAGAAUUCUGGACGAAAUCGAUGAACACGGUAUCAAGAUUUACCACCUGCCUGACGCCGAGUCGGACGAGGAUGAAGACUUCAAAGAGCAGACCAGGAUCCUCAAGGCGAGCAUCCCUUUCGCGGUGGUAGGCUCCAACCAGCAGAUCGAGGCCAAGGGGAAGAAGGUGCGGGGUCGCCUGUACCCCUGGGGUGUGGUGGAGGUGGAGAACCCCGAGCACAAUGACUUCCUCAAGCUGCGCACCAUGCUGAUAACCCACAUGCAAGAUCUGCAGGAAGUGACCCAAGACCUGCACUACGAGAACUUCCGCUCGGAUCGCCUGAAGCGCAGCGGCAGGUUGUCCUCCCAUGGUUACAUUCUGCCUCUGUCUCCUGCAAAGGGUCCGGAACCGGAGGAAAUGGACAAGGAUAUGAUUCUGCAGGAGAAGGAGGCUGAGUUGAGACGAAUGCAGGAGAUGAUUGCCAAGAUGCAGGCCCAGAUGCAGAAACAGGGCGAUGGAGAGGGAGACGUUUGAAAAGAUGAUGAAGUUAUUCGUGGCACCACUUGAAUUUGUCCAGAAGGAAGCGAAGGACAGCUUGAGAACAGCAGCCAUCUGGUUCUUGACUUGUUCAUUCAGUCCCACUUGGGAUCUGAACUGCUGAUAACUAUAGUAAAGUAUAUUCAAACCGUGUUAAAAUGACUUAUAAAUGUAUAUCCUUGCAGUUAUAUUCCUGACACUUUUUAACACACAUUUUCCAGUCACAAUCAAAUGACCCUUGAAUCUAAAGUCUUUAAAUACCAAAUUGUCAGUUACCCUUUCAUUGGUUAUAUUGACAAAUUUGACAUUGGGAUGACCUAAAUGUUAAAAUCUUGCCAAUAUUUUCCUCAUCAAAGAGUUUGAGAGUUCAAAAAACAACUCUUGUCAGUGUUCAAAUAUUUUUAUGUGAGGGUGAAAAAGUAUUUGGUCCCCCCCCCCCAACCGAGUAAAGAUGUGCCAUCAACUGUUACCGAUGUUACUUUCUCGCAUGCUACAUUACAUCCAUGUCUGAGGCCAUUUGAAGUUGCAUGCACUCUUUUCUGUGAAGUCAUUUUGAGUUGGACAAACUGAAGGAUAUUAUUCAUGACACUGCUUUGUCAGGUGAAGGCUUUCGUUUACAUUUGUACUGCUCUGUGAAGUUCUGCCUCAGUGAGAGACAAAUGUUUAAUUCAAGGCAAAAAAAAACAGUUUUUUAACCUUUCCAAUGUGGGUCCCAUUGAUGCCAAUUAUUCCCCUCACCAGCCAAACUGAGCAUUCCCCUUUGAGCUAUUUUUACCCAAUAAUAAUGCACCAAAUAUUGUUCUUGAUGUAUAAUGUUGUAAUAAAUGUUUUAUUCUCAAAUUGUA